AUGAUCGCCAAAAUACCCGGCGUCCCUCGUCCUAUGGAGAAAGCGACGCCAGACAGCUAUGCGGACUCACCUUUUGCUGAUUUUAUUGCCAUGGUCGAGGUUCCAAAGCGGUUCUCCGUCCCAACCAUGAAGAUGUACGACGGCACUACAAAUCCAAAUGAUCACGUCGCCCAAUACAAACAACGGACGAUGACCAUCUCAAUUCCUCGUAGCAUGCGCGAGGCAUGCAUGUGUAAAGGAUUCGGAUCGACAUUGACUGGACCAGCCCUGCAGUGGUUCAUCCACCUUGGCAACGACACUAUCUAUUCCUUUGCUCAAUUGAUUAAUAUUUUUAAUUUACAGUUUGCUAGUAGUCGUAAGAUGGAAAAACAGGCUAAUGACUUACAUAGAAUCGUGCAAAAAUCUGAUGAAUCCUUGAAAGAGUUUGUUCACAUGUUUAAUAGGGAAAAGGUGUCGAUUCCAAAUUGUGAUGUUAAGACGGCGAUUGAAGGUUUUCGACGGGGACUGGAUGAAGACUCAGAUUUGUACAAAGAGCUUACCAAGUAUCCUUGUCCAACGUUCGAGGAUGCCCAAGCCAAAGCCUUGGCCCAGAUCCGAUUGGAGGAAGACAUGGAGUCAAGAAAGGAAUUCUAUGACGUCGACAGCAGGAAGUCGAUGCCAAACGAAGAAAGUUCGUGGCGUCCAAAGCCUUAUGAUCGUCCACAACAAGUUUAUAGCGUCCAUCAGACUCAUCAAGCCAAUGACUGA